AGAGAAACAUUUUGAGUCUUUGACUGCCAUUGCAAGAGCAGAUCGAAACGGACUUUUUUUGUGCCCUAGUUUAGGAUUUUAGGGAUUUCUAGCUGCUCCUCAGUUCUUCGCCCCCCAUUUCAAAUUCCGCGCCAAUUAUGGAUUCUGAAGGACAACGACACUCUUGUAACCCCUCUGCAAUGCUCGCUUCCCUUAUCAGCAAGAGAGCCAAGCUUCACGAGGAGCUUCAGAACAUUGAGAAACAGCUUUAUACAAUGGAGACAGGUUAUUUACAGGAUCCAAGCCAAUGUGGCAACGUAUUGAAAGGUUUUGAAGGAUUCUUAUCUUCUUCAAAGAGCAGUACACUCUUAAAGCGGUCCAGGAAGUUUCAGCCAGAAGAUAGGCUCUUCUCAUUAUCUUCAAUCACCUCACCAGCAACUGAAGAGCUGGCUGUUGGACGAGAUGAUGGAAGAUCAGACUUUGGUCCAGGUCGGUCUAGGGUUGGAGGUAUAUAUGGAAGUGGACCAGGAAAACCAAAGAAGGGGAGAGCAGCACCAAGAGAUCCGAAGAGAAUCAGGCACUCUAGCGAACUUGAUCUCGACUAUGAAGAUGAUCCCGAUAUGAUGUAGUGAGAACUGCUUAGGCCAGAUGAUAUACUGUUUGCCCUUUCAGCAUGAACUUUGGAUGAUCUUAGAAUCUAAGCAGUGUUCUUUGCUCAUUUGACUCUGUUGGUGAGGGUAUCCUUACUUCUCAGGCAAACAAAACACCAUUUUGAGGGUUUAAAUGCUGCUAUUAAUGUAUUCAAUAUUACUGGUUGUGAUCAAUUUCUUCUCAUUUUGUCCAA